GUUUAUUCAAUCAUCUUAAUGCCUUUAAUAGUAACUAUCAAGAUAUGAAUGCAGUAGUAUCUAAAAUUAGAGAAAAAUUAGAUGAAUACUGGCCAAUUAUGCAAGAAGCAAGUAAGAUUGCUGCUUUUUUUAAUCCACAUUUUAAACAAAUUGUUUAUUCAGAAAAUUUAGCAAAUGAAAUUUUGGCUUCAAUCCAUGCAAAUCUAGCAGUAAACUCUGAAUCUAUAGUUCAACCUUUACAUAUCUCAAAGCAUAUUCAAUUUUUAUAA